ACGACCGGCUGUUUGAGAAGCCGCCGGAGGGUCUGCAAAUCAAGAAGACCGACCUCUCCAGCUGGUGGGGGCAGAGGGGGGAGACGGGCGCCGACGACCGCGGCGGCGGCGGGCGGGGCGGCGGCGGCGGCGGCGGGGGCCGGCGGUGGUAG